GGGUACCGGGGAGACGGAGCAAAAAAGCGGGCAUACUGAAAUCUUUAUUGUUUUCGUCAGUCUUGAAACAUUUGAAAGCGAAUAUAUUUGGCUUAUAAAGUCAAACGACUGCGCCUUGUGGGCCAGUGAUCCCCUGGGAUUUGCAUUUGGCUUGGAAAAGACUCUCAUUCAUUCGGUUUUCGUACUCGCUAGCUGGCUAACGAGGCUCCACACCAGCAGGCCUGUUCUUCUGGACUUUGCUACAACCUAGUUAGCUAACGUUAGCAGGCUAACCCAUGCGAACACGUUUUCUUUCUCAAUGAUUCCGCCAGUUACCUUGUAAUAUAAUACCACGCCGCGAAUGUGAGUGCUGGUUAACAAUUUUCGGUAAUUCCGUUGUUAAGUAGGCUGCUAGUUGAAGCUAACUUACUUGAGCUGCAUCAGCGAGGCGCUUGUUUUUAAAAGUGUUGUUCACUUUGUUGCUAGCUUAAGCUAGCCACCGCCAACUGAACAACGCAGUCACUGAAAGCGCAGCAGCCUUUUGCUCACAGAGAUGUCGGACUUCGACGAAUUCGAAAGACAGCUCUCUGAAAACAAACAAGCUGAACGGGACAAAGAGAACCGCCACCACCGUCGGUCCUCCUCCCGCAGCCGUAGCAGAGAGAGGAAAAGGAGGAGCAGAGACAGGGAUAGACGCAGCAGGGACCGCCGUGGGGACAGUAAGGAGCGCAGGCACAGACGCAGCUCACCAUCCAGCUACCCCCAGGACAAUGCUGGAAGCCGCUCUCCACACCGUGAGAAGAAGAAGAAGGUGAAGAAGUACUGGGAUGUCCCUCCACCUGGUUUUGAGCACAUCACUCCCAUGCAGUACAAAGCCAUGCAAGCUGCAGGCCAGAUCCCAGCCACAGCCCUCCUGCCGACCAUGACUCCGGAUGGCCUGGCUGUCACUCCCACCCCUGUACCUGUAGUGGGCAGCCAGAUGACCCGGCAGGCCCGCAGGCUCUACGUGGGCAAUAUCCCCUUUGGUAUCACAGAGGAGUCCAUGAUGGACUUCUUCAAUGCCCAGAUGCGUUUGGGUGGUCUUACUCAGGCCCCUGGAAACCCUGUCCUUGCAGUACAGAUCAACCAGGAUAAGAAUUUUGCCUUCCUUGAGUUCCGUUCUGUGGAUGAAACAACACAGGCCAUGGCCUUUGAUGGCAUCAUCUUUCAAGGCCAGAGUCUCAAGAUUCGCCGUCCCCAUGAUUACCAGCCCCUGCCGGGCAUGAGCGAGAACCCCAGUGUAUAUGUGCCUGGUACACAGACAAUUAAUGGUGUGGUGUCCACAGUGGUGCCCGACUCGGCUCACAAGCUCUUCAUUGGCGGCUUGCCCAACUACCUGAAUGACGACCAGGUGAAGGAGCUGUUGACGUCAUUUGGCCCCCUGAAGGCCUUCAACCUGGUGAAGGACAGUGCCACAGGCUUAUCUAAAGGAUAUGCCUUCUGUGAAUAUGUUGAUGUCAACCUUAAUGACCAGGCUAUUGCUGGGCUGAACGGCAUGCAGCUCGGAGACAAGAAGCUCCUGGUGCAAAGAGCCAGUGUGGGAUCCAAGAACGCCACUCUGACAAGCAUGAACCAGACCCCAGUGACGCUGCAGGUGCCAGGUCUGAACAGCUCUGUGACUCAGAUGGGAGGCCUGCCCACUGAGGUGCUGUGUCUGAUGAACAUGGUGGCCCCCGAGGAGCUGCUGGAUGAUGAGGAGUAUGAAGAGAUUGUGGAGGACGUCAGGGACGAGUGCAGCAAGUACGGCCAGGUCAAGAGCAUUGAGAUACCUCGACCUGUGGACGGCCUGGAAGUUCCUGGGACUGGCAAGAUCUUUGUGGAGUUCACAUCAGUUUUUGACUCCCAGAAGGCCAUGCAGGGGCUGACAGGAAGGAAGUUUGCCAACAGGGUGGUGGUGACCAAAUACUGCGACCCAGACGCUUAUCACCGCCGGGACUUCUGGUAGAGGAGGCAUGAAGAGAAGAG